UUUACGAGGAAACGAGCAGCUAGCCUUGCCUCUUCAAACAACAUUUGUAAGAUACGACUAAAAGACGGCAUAUAAGAUUUCCACGGGGAAGCAAUAUGGAACAUUUGUCUUCACCAGUUUUGCUCGACGCGCUGCUUGAUUCGAACUCAGCAUCCACAUCUGCCAUCUUUUCUGCCACGAUGGCCCCCUCUCUUCUCUGAGACUCCUGGUGCCACCGCUGCGUCUGAUGUCUGCAGUCAUGUGGCAGGUGGUGGGGCGGCGGAGUUUGGAACAUUAUGGGAAGCUGGAGGACUUUGUGUGUUUGGUCACAGAGACAGUUCCAGAACUACUGACUGACAGGCAGAGAGCAUUACUGCUUCUAGGCCUCAGAGCAAAGCAGAUGUCCCAGGAGUGGAUAGUUGAGGAUGUCGCCCCAGAACUCAUCCAGACUCACCUGGACAGGAUCCAGUCCAUCUGUCUGACAAAGUCCAGUGACAAGGCCUUUGAGGAUGCCAAAGCCAGGCUCAUGGCGUACACCCAGAGGAGUCCAGGAGAUCAAUGGGCUUUUGGUCAAUACUUUAAUGCAGAGCUGGAGUCUCUGGUGUGUGUGUUCCUCUCCAGAUUGGAGGAGUUGCUGCCAGUACCAGACUUUAAACAGGCUGCUUCCUGGCUUGACUCUGUCCCCGGUGGUGUGGAUGAAUGUCUGCAGUCUAUCCCCCACAGUGACAGGCUGAGGUCUGUGCUGCAGAGCCAAACGUGCUGCCGGGAACACCUGAUAAAUAGAGACUCCAGCCCAUCCCAGACCAACCUCCUCAGCUCUCUACCUGUUUGCCUUCCAAAUUUGAUGGUGUACCGUCCCUCUGCCGACUCUGACAGGGAGUCAGAACCCUUCCCAGAGGAAAGGAUGGAUGAAGAGAGAGGAGAAGAACAGGAGAAGGUCUGCAUCAAACGAGAGGACGACGAGAAAUCGAAAGUAGCCGAGCUGAUUGGUCAAGACCAGGAAUCAGCCAAUAGAGUGGCAGGGGAAACAGAAACGUCCAACCUAGGGAUUAUGGGUUUCAUUGUUCAGAGCCAAUCUAUAAUGGUUAUCCCCCAGCCGGGCCAGCACUCUCUUGCUGUCGUCUCCCAGUCUGCACCCACUCUCACCCUGCCUGUGGCCUGCAGGGGGCAGACUGCAGUCAACUCUCCCUCAGGACAGAGCAGGCCCUCGCCAGAGAGGAACACUGUUCCUGUGAGCAGCCAAAAGCCCCAGGCCUCACCGGGGAGGUAUGUGUGCAUCAUCCCUGAGUCGUCUGAUAAGCCUGUAGAAUGUAUUAUGGUGGAGAGUGACACAGACAUCCCCACAGGGGAGUCCUCGUCUUCCGAGACGCUCCUGUCUAGCGUAUCCCACAAUCCCCGGCGUGUUGCCCACAAGUGCCCGACAUGCGGGAAGUGUUUCAUCUACCGUUCCCAGGUGCUGCGUCACCUGACCACACACUCGCGAGGCGGCCGCUACAAAUGCGCCCAGUGUGGCGUUGGCUUCCCAACGCCCUGGAGCCUGAACGACCACAAGCGCUCUGUGUGUGUCAACGCCACCUUCGACUGCGCCCAGUGCGGGAAGCGGUUUGCGUCGCUCCGCGAGCAGUACCGCCACCGCCUCACCCACAAGACCAACACUUGUUUUCAAUGUGGGGUGGGCUUUAGGACCCAGCUGGAACUGACCCGACACCACAAGACCCACUGGGCCCAGCCGCUGCACCAGUGCUGCCUGUGUGGCAAACGCUUCCGCCUCCUCUCCAGCCUGACCAAUCACAAGCAGACUCACUCUUCCGGCGGCGGCUUCGCCUGCACCCAGUGCGAGCGUGUGUUCGGCUCGGCGAAGGAGCGCGACGCCCACCGGCAGAUGCACCGCGUACCCAAACUCGUCUGUCCUGUUUGCGGCGAGACAUUCACCUCGCAGGCCAAACUCAUCAAACACCAGCAGACCCAUCCGGUCCCAGAGGGGAGCGAGGGCCAGAGGUACAAGUGCCGUUACUGUGAGGAGACGUUUACAGGCCUGACCCUCAUGAGGAUCCACCAGAGAAGCCAUCUUGUGGACAGACCUCAUCAAUGUGACCAGUGUGAGAAGAACUUCACUACUCUGGGGUCCCUCCAGUCCCACCUCAGAACCCACUCGGAGGAGAAGCCCUUUCUCUGCGCCCACUGCGGCAAGCGCUUCCGGACCAAAGACGGCAUGGAGGGACACCUCCGGAUCCACACGGGCGAGAAGCCCUUCCACUGCUCCUACUGCGGGAAACGCUUUACGGCGCUCGCCGGGUUGAACGUUCACGUGCGGCGGCACACCGGUGAGAGGCCGUACGUGUGUGAGGUGUGCGGAAAGGCGUGGCCCUCUGGUGGGGACUUGCAGAAACACAUGCGCUGUCACACAGGAGAAAGACCUUACAGCUGUGUUGACUGUGGGAAGACAUUCUCCAUAUCCUGUCACCUGACAGAACACAUGAAGACACACUCAGGUCAGAACCAGGAGCUUGAAGUUAAAGGGAUAGCUCAGAUUUUGGCAAUGAGGCCCAAAGAGUCCGAUGAAGUUGUGGAUACCAUUUUUAUGUCUCUGCGAGCAGUUUGGAGGAAGUUGCUAACUAGCGCUAUUGCAUUUGCUAAGUCCCUGUGUAAGAAUUUCCACAACAAUACCCAUAGACUUCCAGUCAUUGCGCUAAUGCUAGUUAGCAUUGGCUCGUGAAACUACCUCUAACUUCCUUCAUACUGGACACAGACACAAUAAUAUCAUCUGACUCUGGGGAAGUAGAUAAAGGGACAACAUCCCGAAGUAUCCCUUUAAGGGGGCCGUUGAUUUAACAAUGAUAUGGUGUAUAUGAAUGAUACUGUUGUCAUUUGUCCAAGAAAUGCUAAACAUGUUUGUACUUUAAUAUAUGUGAUGCAGGACAUAUGCAUUUGUGAUUGAUGAUAAUAAAACAAACAAUUUAAUCGUAGUUCUGUGUAAUCUGAAGUAACUCUGUGUAAUCUUGAUUUACAGUCCUUAAUACUGUCCCGUCCCUCAGGUGAGAAGCCGUUCUCUUGUCCAGAGUGUGGGAAGAGCCUGAAGAGGAAGUUUGAUCUGAAGAAGCACCUGUUGACUCACUCUGGAGUG